GCGGCGCCGCGGCCGUGUCGCUGAGGGCGGACGGCGUCGGGCGCGCUAGGCUGUGCGGCCGUCGCUGCCUGGCACGCGGGGCGCGCCUUGACCCUUCCUGCCACCGCAGGCUGCAGACGCGCGCGGGAGCGUCGCGAAGGCCGCGGCUGCGCGGGUGGAAGCUCGCUCGCUCUGAAAGGACCUGGCUCUGCCUGAGGAGCGGCAGCUCCCGAAGACGCGUCCCGGACGUGGGCCGAGGGCUGUGCGCGCCGCCCGCCCCUCUGCACCGAGCGGCCGGUAACAUUUCACUUGUUGCAUUUCCAGUUUCCAGCACUCACUCACCAACAAAAAUUUUACCGAAAACCUUAGGGCCAAUAAAUGUGAAUGUUGGACCCCAAAUGAUUAUAAGCACACCACAGAGAAUUACCAAUUCGGGAAGUGUUCUGAUUGGGAGUCCAUAUCCCCCUGCACCAGCAAUGGUCACUCAGACACACAUAGCUGAGGCUGCUGGCUGGGUUCCCAGUGAUAGAAAACGGGCUAGAGAAUUUAUAGACUCUGAUUUUUCAGAAAGUAAACGAAGCAAAAAGGGUGAUAAAAAUGGGAAAGGAUUGAGACAUUUUUCAAUGAAAGUGUGUGAGAAAGUUCAGCGGAAAGGCACAACAUCAUACAAUGAAGUUGCUGAUGAACUGGUAUCUGAGUUUACCAAUUCAAAUAACCAUCUGGCAGCCGAUUCGCAGGCUUAUGAUCAGAAGAACAUUAGACGAAGAGUUUAUGAUGCUUUAAAUGUGCUAAUGGCAAUGAACAUAAUUUCAAAGGAAAAAAAAGAAAUCAAGUGGAUUGGCUUGCCUACCAAUUCUGCUCAGGAAUGUCAAAACCUGGAGAUAGAGAAGCAGAGGCGGAUAGAACGGAUAAAGCAGAAGCGGGCCCAGCUACAAGAACUUCUCCUUCAGCAAAUUGCUUUUAAAAACCUGGUACAGAGAAAUCGACAAAAUGAACAGCAAAACCAGGGCCCUCCAGCUCUGAAUUCCACCAUUCAACUGCCAUUUAUAAUCAUUAAUACGAGCAGAAAAACAGUCAUAGAUUGCAGCAUCUCCAGUGACAAGUUUGAAUACCUUUUUAAUUUUGAUAACACUUUUGAAAUCCAUGAUGACAUAGAAGUACUGAAACGGAUGGGAAUGUCCUUUGGUCUGGAGUCAGGCAAAUGCUCUCUGGAAGACCUACAAAUUGCAAAGUCCCUGGUUCCGAAAGCUUUAGAAGGCUAUGUCACAGAUAUCUCUACAGGACCUUCUUGGUUAGACCAGGGACUGCAUUUGAACUCUACCCAAUCAGUUUCAAAUUUAGACCUGACCACUAGUGCCACCAUACCCCAAUCAAGUGUGAACCAAGGGUUGUGCUUGGAUGCUGAAGUGGCCUUAGCAACUGGGCAGUUUCCUGCCCCAGACAGUCACCAGUCCAGUAGUGCGGCCUCUCACUGCUCUGAGUCCCGCGGCGAGACCCCCUGUUCAUUCAACGAUGAAGACGAGGAAGAUGAGGAGGAAGAUUCCUCCUCCCCAGAAUAAAGACAGGAGAAAACUCGUGUUUUAAUAUUUGAUGCUCAUGUGUGUCUUUAGUGUGAGCUCUUGUGUUUUGAAAUGAUUGCUUCAGUCUUUGCCUUUGCAUUUGUGUUUAGUGAAAACUAGAGAAACACAAUAAGCAAAUUACAUGAAGGCUGAGAUGGUUGAAAGUUAACUAAGCGUGAAUGGGAACUGAUCAGCAGAGCCAACAAAACAUGCCUUCUGAAGAGAUGGAGGGGGACAGUCCAUGAAGAAUGACAGCAAAUGAAGUUUGUCUUCAGGGAGGUGGAGUUUGAAGACCUCACAAUGUGUGAGUCUUUAGACUUGAGAUUGCUGCAAGGAACAAUAUGCAGUGAUGAUGGCUUUCGCCCUGUUGGGCUGUCUUUAUGGGCAGAAGUGAGCCUGAAAGUCCCAGUGGGUGUCCAGGGAGCCAUGUAGAUUGCAGUCCUUGUGGCCUGAGGAGCACAGGUGGACUGCUGAGCUAGUUGGACGUCUAGCUGAGGUGCUUCAUGCAUCUGCUGCCUUAGCUUCUAGAAGGGAGCAAGCGCUAACUAAGUACCUAGGUGACAUUUAAAAUAAGUCACAGAAAACUGAAGUGACCAUUUGUCAAUGCAUUGGUGCAUAGGAGUUCCUAGGGCUACUUCUGGAAGCCAAAAUAGAAUAGCAUUUCCAUGUGCAUUAAAAACUUUGCCAGCACUGCCUUUUGCCAGCAUUCUAAAUUUGGAAUUUUAUUGAGAAGGAAACUGUAUUUAUAGUCUUAAUCAAAGCUAUGCAUUUCAUACAGCUUUUUAAUUUUCAGUGAAACAAAGAAGCAAAUUCUUUGACUAAAUUGCUUGUCUAUAGCUGUCUGCAGUACUGUAUGAUUUUACCCAUGUGCAAUUUGUGAAAAUGAACCAAAUGUCACUACUUUUGUCUUUAUUUCAAGAAUAUGAACAUCAUUUUUCUCUUGUA